GUUGUAAAACAAAGUUUAAAGAAUUAAACGGUGCAAAUAAAAUUUUGCUGUCUGAACGUUAAAAAACUCCGUGCAAAUGGCAGCCGCGGAGCACAACAAACGAGCUGCAGGGAGGGCGGAUAUCGAUCAGCCUUGACGCGGACCGUCGAGUGCCGAGCGACGGACGGACGGACAGAGAAGUCCCGUGGCCGUCGAGGGGCCGUCGGCAUGCGACGACGCGAGCAAGUGGCCUCGGCGAAAUUAAUAAGGCCGCGAUGAUCGUGAAGAGGCAGGCGAUCAAACUCAUCUUCGGCGCCGGGGCGUUGAUGCUAGUCGGGCAGUUGCUGAUGCUGCGGCUGCUGCGACCACCGGUGCCCUUCCGCCUCGAGCCGGUGUCCCAAUUCGUCAACGUGACCGCCGCCAUCCCGCUGCCCAUCAUCCUGCUUGACCGCGCCGUCCUCACCCAGCUGUCCGACAUGUGUCCCUUCUGCAAUCUGCAGCACCCUGUCGCCUUCGCCUCCCUCUACAAGCACAUCCACGAGGUUCAGAGUCUGCAAUCCGUCCUGGACGCCGCUGGCUUUAAGUCGACCAUCCUGCUGAACACGCUACCCGUGGAGCCGGCGGCGCCCAAGGUGGUGCGUGAUGUGCCCACCGGCUUUCUGAUCGCAAAGGAUGGUGUGGUCAUCCACCUGGUGCUGCUCCACGAGCGCGCUGACAGCUACUGGUGGUUUGGCGCCGUGCAGAGCGACUUUGGUAUCAAGCAGAAGCUGCUGGACUUUGGCCUGCCGGGCCACGCCCCCACCCUCGACAUCAUGAUUGAUGAGGGUGCCGUCGACAGAUUCAAAGGCGUGCUUGUGGAGGUGCAGGGCCUGAACCUGAUGGUGCCGUCCAGCAUCGACCUGUAUCUGGAGCAGAGGUCGUCAGACCACUUCAUCGAGUGUAGCCACAGCCGCGCGGCCGCCUUCUUUGACGAGUUUGGUGACGACGACUCAUCCGAAGCUUUAAAAUUCAAGCACAAGGCGUGGAAACUUUUGACCACGGCCAAGCAGGUGCUCGACCAGCUCAACAUUCCCUUCUGGCUCUCCAGCGGCACUUGUUUAGGCUAUUACCGUCAGUGUGAUUUGAUUACCCACAGCAAAGAUGUAGAUCUAGGCAUCAUGGCUGCAGACUACUCAACCAACUUGAUCCCCGAAUUCCAGAAACGAGGUUUCAAACUGAAACACGUCUUUGGGAGGAUCAACGACUCUUUUGAGAUAUCCUUCGUGUACGACGAUCUCAAACUCGACCUAUUCUUCUUCUACCGUGAAGGAAGUAGCAUCUGGAAUGGUGGAACACAGGCUAAAUCUGGCUUGAAAUUUAAGUACGUGUUCCCCUCAUUCACGUUGUGUUGGACCGAGUUUCUGCAGCUGAAGGUGCGAGUGCCAUGUGAAACCCUUUCCUAUAUUUUGGCCAACUAUGGUUCCGGUUGGUCGACUCCUCAGCGGGCGUGGGACUGGAAGAGCAGUCCUCCAAACGUGCGUCCCAAUGGUGAGUGGGAAAAGAAGGACUGGCCUGAGGUCAUCCAGGUCUACUACUGAUUGUGAACAAAAGUGAUUUACAGAGAUCAAAAUUUAAAAUUUUGACAGCUUUUUUACACAUUAAAGAAUUAAUGACAGUUUACAAUAUUUGCUAGAGCGUUGAGUGAGAAUUAAUUUUAUUUGUUUUUAAAACAAUUUUCAUGACAUUUGAAACGUAACUAUCUUGGUUCAUUUAUUUUUGUACUUAUUUUUGUGAAAAUUAUAUUUUUGGUGCCAAAGAAAUCUUGCCUGUCAAAUCUGGCCAGCGUUGUUAUUUUUGUUAUUUUCAUUCCAAUUUUAUCCCCAGCAGCGCUUUGCUCACUGACUGCGCAGUUGUAACCUACUUAGUCACGUAAAUUAAAUUUCUGCUGGUGCAAAACUAAAUAACACCUUCACCAGUGUGUUGUGUACAUCCGCAUUACCAUUUAAAUUAAUUUAACUUUGUCAUUUUCACUCGCAAACGAGUGGUUUACCUGCUUACUUAAAUAUAUGCAACAAUUGUUCCUCUCUGCAAAAUGUUUUAAUAAUUGCAUGUUGUAUGCAAACAAUAAUUAAAAGAUGUUUUGACUCCACUGCCCGUCUCAUCGGGUAAUAUGCCUUGCUGAAUAAAAAUCGGUGAUUAUAUUGAAA